AUGGUGGAUAUAAAACAUUCAAUCAUGACCGCACAUAAUUUGCCGCCACCGCCAGUGGUAAGUAAUGUACAUCCAAAACAAAGAACACAAAUGUUGCCGCUUUGCAAACGUCCCCCAUCACCACCGCCGCGGAUUGAUUAUUGGCAUGUAACUUACGGCCGCUAUGCAUUUACUGAGAGCGUCCAGGCCAUUGCCCGGCAAACGAAAUGCUUCCGUGUAUUAGCCUUAUCAGAGACCCCCGGCAGAACGCAACACGAUGUGGCAGAAGUGUGCCGGAAUCUUCUGAUAAGUCAUUUGGAAAUACGUUGGGACAAUUCGAUUGAUGUGUCACCUUAUAUACACAAGCGACAUAUGCAAACUGUGGUAGUGAGUUUAGGCGAACAAAUACAAGAAAUACGUCAGAAUUUACUACAGAUCAUUGAUCCUUACUUAAGGCAGCUGAUUGAAGCUGAAGUUUUGUCAGGACAUAAAGAAAACAUUAAUCGUAAUUUCUUACUCUACGAGCAAAAAAAAUUUCGUGAACGUUCUUUACGGCAUGGCAAUCAUCCCCUGCACGCAACAGUAAAUAGCAACUUUAGACAUUUUCAUCUAAAAUCUUUAAUGCAAAAAAUUAAACAUUAAGUUGGACCAAAUCCGUUUGAGGUAUCUGCGGGAGUAAUGACUAAUGGACAAAUCGCCUAAAUGCCUAAAGAUUUAGAUUUCCGUCAUCCUAAGUUCGAAAAGGCUCGCGAAUGUUUAUUGAAGCAUUUUCAGGAGCAGGAAAACUCUUGGGCACUGGUCUUCUGUGAGUACAGCGAGUCCGUCCUGCUGAUAUAUCGAAUGUUAUUGCAAGGCAAGCCUUUACUUAGGCCGCGAUGUUUUGUUGGUCAAGGUGGUUCUUCCGGUGGCUUACGUGCUUUUACCCAACAACAGCAAAUACAAAUAAUGAACGAUUUCCGUUCGGGAAAGAGUAACAUAUUAAUUGCUACUUCCAUUGGGGAGGGAGGCAUCGACGUUGGAGAAGUUGACUUAAUAACAUGUUUUGACAUCAGUUCAGCUAAUCCAACGCGCUUUAUACAACGUAUUGGUCGCAUAGGAAGACAAAGUAAUGGUAAAAUUGUGACGUUAGUUACCGAAGGCAGGGAAUAAAAGUUACUUUAGGAUGUAACGGCGACUAAAGAUCAGCUUAAUAAAAAGUUACUGCGUUCUCAAAUAGUGAAACAAUCGCUCUAUCAACAUAGCCAACGUCUGUUGCCUCGCCAAUUAGCGCCAACGUGCAUACGCAGUUUUAUAAAACCCAUAGAGAAAGAAUUAAAGGAGGUUAAGGUAAAGAAAACAAAGACAACGCCAAAAGCCAAAGGGAAAGUCAAUCAAGAUCUACGUAAAUAUUUCAAUUCAAAAAAAUGUGAGGAAGAUAAGGCUGUGGAAUUUUUUCAACUUGAUCCUACACCGAAGGAAACCAAUCCAGGUUCCUACACGCAACAAUGUAUGCAAAAAGAAUUCGAACGAAUUGAAGAUCUGCUUAAAGAUUUCGAAGGCACGCUUACGACAAAUGCAUGUGAGGAAAAUCAGUUGCUAAAUGUUCCAUUAAAUAAGGAAAUGGUAGAACGCCAAGUAAAAAAUAUUGGUAUAGAUCCCAAACACACCAGCAAGAUUAAUAAAUUCUUGGAAACAAGACAAAACAGCCGAGGAGUUUUACUUAGAGCUGAAACAACUGACUUGGCCCAACAUCUGAAGCCUUCUGAGAUGUCCAAUGAAAUGAAGAUAGCGUUAUUAGAGCUUAAUCCGAAAAUUUAUAGAGCAAAACUUGAAAAAUACGACAGUUUUGAACGCUCUAGGCUUUGAAAACGAAGAGGAUCUAUAUCCUGAAGAAAAAUCCGUGCGUGAAACAAAUGAAAUAAUUCGUAACCUACUAGGAGGCGACAGACAUGAAAAAGUUCAAGCAAAAAAUAGACCGAAUUCUGAAACCUUUCGAUAAUCAAGCUCUAUGUGACGAUGAUGAUGCUGAUCUUGAGGUUGAUGUUGAUACUAUUAUUGCUGCUGUAGAUUAUGUUGUUGCUACUUUUGAUGUUAUUGUUACAGAAGAUUGUGUGUUGCUGUUAAUUGUGGCACGCAAAGUAUAUAAUAAACGAAAUUUUUUUCCAAUUUUUAUUUCGUUUUCCUCUAUACUUCGCUUUUUUCCUUCUUCUUUGCACAAAAAUAAAAGCGAAAAAAGCCACACUUUUUUUUUGUGUUAAUAUUUUUGCUUGUAUUCUAUUUGUUUAAUGUUGUUAUACAUCCACGUUAAUGAUAAUUUCAGACAUUAGUUAGUUGUUGCUGUUGCUGCUGCAGCUGCUGCCGGUGAUGUUGUUAGUCACUGCUAUCACUAUUGAGGUUAUAUACAGUAUUUGUAGGGAUUUUCGUGUUAUUGUUUAAUUGUUGGUUAUGGUGGCUAUGUUGUUAUUAUUGUUUUUUGUUUGCUAUGUGUGUGUGU